CCCGCAAUGACGUCAAGAACAGGAAGGUCCGACAAGCUUUGUUUAUCAACUUGUCGCGAUCACGUUCACUUCUUAUUUUUUCCAAGUCUGUAAACUUAUAUAUGGCUUUAAUGACAUGAUUUGAAGUCUGUAAACUUAUAUAUGGCUUUAUGACAUGUCUUCAGCAAAAAGAGAAGGAAAUAUGAUUGCGCGCUGACUUCGCGAGCGGCUAUUGAAACUAAGCAGUGACUAUAACGUUUAUGUAUGUGGGAGCGGCGGAGAGCAUGGGGAGGAAUCAGCUGAUUAUUUGACUCGCUGAACACAUGAUUCGUCAAGAUCCCUAUAGUGUCUAUUCCAGUCAUAUGCAUUCUAAACCAAACCACAGCGGUAGAACUGCAAAGAGCUUAACUCCGUUUUUAUCUGUUACUUAUCUCUGUGUCAAACUCCAUUGGAGUGGAGUGUAAUGUAAGAGGUUAGUGUCCGUUGGAAAGAUGCCGUGCACAUGCGGGAACUGGAGGAGGUGGAUUCGGCCUCUCGUGGUUCUGCUGUACAUUCUGCUCCUUCUGGUUGUCCUUCCACUCUGUAUAUGGGAACUACAAAAAUCAGGGGUUAGUAUUCAAAAUAAGGCAUGGUUCAUCGCUGGGUUAUUCGUGUUCAUGACUAUACCCAUAUCACUGUGGGGGAUACUGCAGCAUCUAGUGCACUACACCCAACCUGAGCUACAAAAACCCAUUAUCAGAAUAUUAUGGAUGGUUCCGAUAUACAGCCUGGAUAGUUGGAUAGCGUUGAAGUAUCCCAGCAUUGCCAUCUAUGUAGACACAUGUAGAGAGUGCUAUGAGGCCUAUGUUAUCUACAACUUCAUGAUCUUCCUUCUCAACUAUCUGGGGAACCAGUAUCCCAGUCUGGUGCUGAUGCUGGAGGUGCAGGAGCAACAAAAACAUCUCCCUCCUCUUUGCUGCUGCCCACCGUGGCCCAUGGGAGAAGUGCUUUUGCUGAGAUGCAAACUGGGAGUUCUCCAGUACACAGUUGUGAGACCUCUCACCACAAUCAUUGCUUUGAUUUGUCAGCUUUGCGGUGUCUAUGAUGAAGGCAACUUCAGUUCAAAAAAUGCCUGGACAUAUCUGGUUAUUGUCAACAAUCUCUCUCAGCUUUUUGCCAUGUACUGUCUUGUGCUGUUUUACAAGGCUCUGAGAGAAGAGCUGAGUCCCAUAAAACCUGUGGGCAAAUUCCUCUGUGUCAAGCUGGUGGUUUUUGUGUCAUUCUGGCAAGCCGUGGUCAUUGCGCUUUUAGUGAAGGUUGGUGUAAUCUCAGAAUCUCACACCUGGGAGUGGGACAGUGUGGAGGCUGUAGCCACUGGAUUGCAGGACUUCAUCAUCUGUGUGGAAAUGUUUUUGGCAGCCAUUGCCCAUCACUUCAGUUUCACUUACAAACCCUACAUACAGGAAGCAGAGGAAGGUUCCUGCUUUGAUUCCUUCCUGGCCAUGUGGGAUAUCUCAGACAUACGGGCUGACAUCUCAGAACAAGUGCGCAAUGUCGGGAGAACUGUCAUGGGUCGGCCAAGGAAAACAUAUUUUGGUGAAGAGGUUUGCCAGGGCGAGAACACGGGACUGCUGUCAGGUGGAGCUCAGGAUCCAGUUGAAUCGUCUUCCACCCCUCCAUCCCCCAAGGGCCGUUACCAGGGCAUGGGUCACACUGUAACCCCUCACUCCAUCUCUGCUCCUGCAAACCUUGGCUCAGGCUGCAUACCAUGGGAAGGAGAUGUGGAUGACAUCCCGCCAACUGGGAUAUCUGACGAUUGUACAGAGAAAGAGUGUUCAGACUAUCCGGAGAUUACUUAGCAUCAGCGACCAACACUUUUAUAUUUAAAGCACAUCAAUCAAUCUAGCUACCGUUAACUCCGCUAACUACUGGAUAGCUGUGGCUAAUAUGGGUUCAGAGAGGCUCGGUGAAGCUUUGGUAGCAAGCGGGUAUUAUAAAGGACUUGGUUGGUCCGAGGUUUUUUUCUCCGUUUUGCUAUUAUUUUGCUGACCAUAUUAUAAACUGACCUUAAAGUCAAGCACAGUAAUUCCCCAAUACCAGUUUUAAAAUGUAAUAAUCAGUUAAUGGUUCUUUUAAGACAGCUUUAUGAAUGUUUACUCUAAGAAACACUAUGUAUUUAUAACACUACUUCACAAUUUUGUUGACGCUGGAUUUGGUUAGCAAGUAAUUUUUACACCUUUUUUUAUCAUUAGUGUUGCUUUCACUAAAUACUUUUAUGUUAAUGCAAAUACUUUUAGUUAUUUUUUUAAGGAGCAGCACCUUGAACAUGGACAGUAAUAUGAAAUUGCCAGGAUGCCAUUAAGAUUUGGAACAGGAUGUUUCAGGAUAUAUGCAUGUGUUAAAGCAACUACAGUUUUGACUGUACAUCAGCUUUUAAGCACAAAGUACAAAGUACUGAAACUCAUAUUUGCUCAGUUCUUUUCAGAGAUUUGAGUUCUUAAGUUGGACUGCUUGCCUUCUAAACAGCUUCAUGCAAUUGCAUCAAAACAUAAAUGUGAUCUUUUACUUUAUUUUGUCAGACAUUAGUUAGAAAGAAAAAAAAUAUACAUUUUAUUUUUGGUUGUUUUAAUGGCUAGAGAAAGACAAUUGUUACUUUGAAAAGUAUUGAAAAUGUAUAUUGACUUUUUAAGCUAACCUCGGGGAAUGAUGCAAUGUUUAAAUAUCCGCCAAAGCUGUCUUAUUGCUAUUAAAGGGGCAGUUUGACCAAAAAUGAAACUUCUGUCAAAAUGUGCUUUCUCUCAUGUCACUUUCUUCCAUCAUUGAAUUCUUUCACACAUGAGAAGCAAACCUAAGUUUUCCUCAUGACAUGGGGGUGAGUAAUUGAUGACAGGAUUUUCAUUUUAGGUGAAAUCUUCCCUUUAAGAAAUAGUCUUUUUCUUUGUUAAUAUUGGGUGUCAGUAGUCUGUUACACAGCAUUAUUAGCUGCACAUGAGCUAUAAAUGUCAGAUAUAUAGCAUAACCGCACAGGAAUAUUGUUAAAUCAUUACAGAUGUGGAACUGUGGGAAAUCCCAUUUAUUUGUUUUUAUGAACUGUCAUGUGUCUCUGUUUCAUUCAGAGAUGCAUAUUCUCCAAUGGUUUGUACUGCUGUUGCUUUGCCUUAUCUAACAGUGGUUGUCACAAAUAAUUAAACUUCACAUGGAAAUGUA